AUGCCAAAGAUUAAUUCAUCUAUUAAUGUUGAAGAAACUCUGAGCAAUUACAGCAAUAAUCCUGCUAAUUUGUUAAUGAGUGAAAGAUCUGAUAAAUAUAAUUACAUUCAAUUAACUCCCUCCAAAAAUGCUUCGAAAGGGUCGAAAAAUUAUUCACCAGCAUCACGUACAUAUAUAAUUGGGGCAAUAACUGAUUUUCAUGAUAGAAUAUAUGCCAAAGUAUUCAGAUCAGAUAAUGACGAUAAUGUUAAAUAUGAAUCAUCGGUAAAAGCCAUCGAAAAUGAAAAUGAAUAUUUAUUGCAUUAUUUAACAAAAUUUCUUACUACAAAUACGUCACAAUUUGGUUAUAAUCGAUUAGAACCAUUACCUAAAGAUAUUCGUAUCCAUGAUACACUAUUAGGAACUGGACCCAAUUCAAUGGUAUUUAAUUGCUUAAUUGAUAAACAUGAACCUAAUCAAUAUGCUUUAAAAAUAAGCAACAAACCUGUUAACAAGGAAGUAUUAUCAAACCUGUUAACAAGGAAGUAUUACAUCGUGAUAUUAGAAAAUCGAAUAUUAUUGAAAUAUUGA